CACAUCUCUCCAUCUCCAGCCUUGGAGCGGAGGGGGAGGAGAAAGGAGCUGCCAGCAGCUCGCAGUGAUUGAUUUGUCUCGUGUUUUCUUGCGCUGCGCUCUAACAACCUGUUUCAAAGGAAAAAAAAAAGAAAAAGACAAUGACAACGACAAAUCAAAGCGAGCAUUUUCUCGCUAGAAAUUCCAAGUGCCACGGAUAUUUUGCUAUUAAAUCUCGCAGCGUUCAGAAGAGCAAUGCCUUUCCCCCGGAGCCAUUUGCUUCAAUAAUUGUUUGUGCCGCGGAGCUGCCGCUGGUCGCUGUCACCAGGGGACAGCUCACAAAGAGCAGCUGACCCAGCUUCAGAAAUGUGACUCAUGGCCCCUCCAGCAAAGGGAUCAGGAGCAGUUUCUGGGUUGGUGCAAGAGCCCCACGGGAGGCAGAGGUGAUGAAGAUGAGAGGAACCUGGCUGGCUGUGACCCUGGGACAGCUGCUGGCUCUGGGACACAGGCACAAAUGGAAAAACAUGAUGGAUUCCAGGAAGUUCAGGCUGUUUGUCUGCCUGGUGGGGCUCAGCAGUGCCAGCCUCUGGCUUUUCCACACCUGGACCGAGUUGUGCCUGUUCUGUGAGAGCAGCCAGGGCUACCUGCUCCCCAUGGAGCCCUUCAGGAGGACGGAAGGGAACUUCUCCCAGCUCCCAGACGUUGACUGCCACAAGGACCCCCCUUUCCUGGUGCUGCUGGUGGCGUGCUCGUUCCAGCAGCUGGAUGCCAGGAUGGCCAUCAGGCACAGCUGGGGCAGGGAGAGGACGGUGGCUGGGAAGCGCUUGGUGACCCUGUUCCUGCUGGGGAGCCCUGGGGAGCCCAGCCAGCAGGCCGGCCUGGCUGCUGAGAGCCAGACAUACAGAGACAUCAUCCAGAAGAACUUCACAGACACCUACUACAACCUGACCCUGAAAACCAUGAUGGGCAUGGAGUGGAUGCACAGGUUUUGCUCCCAGGCCAGCUUCGCCAUGAAAACCGACACGGACGUGUUUGUCAACGUGUUUUACCUCACCGAGCUGCUCCUGAGGAAAAAGAAGAGCACUGGGUUCUUCACAGGGUUUUUAAAGCUGCACGAGUACCCCAUCAGGACAAGAAGGAGUAAGUGGUAUGUGAGCAGGGAAGAGUAUCCAGGGGCGACCUACCCACCCUUUUGUUCCGGGACUGGAUAUGUUUUAUCCAGCGACGUGGCCAGCCAGAUCUAUAACAUUUCUGAGAGUGUUCCCUUCAUCAAACUGGAGGAUGUGUUCAUAGGGCUGUGCCUGGACAAAUUAAAGAUUCAGCUGCAGGAGCUGCACUCGGAGCAGACGUUUUUCCCAGAAAGGAUCAGGUUCUCUGUUCCUCGCUUCAGGAAAAUCGUGACGUGCCAUGGGAUCAAACCAGCUGAGCAGAUGAGCUACUGGAACCACCUGGUGGCAGCCACCCAAGGAGGAGUGCUCUAGCACCUGCCCUGCCCCACUGAACAGACUGAAAUUCUCUGCUUUUACGGGGCUGCUCCCCACUCCAGCAAAAUCCCAAUUAACUCCAGCUCCGUCACGUUAAAGGAUUCAGAAAUGGUUAUUUUAAUCAUAGAAUCAGAGAAUGUUUAAGGUGGGAAAAGAUCUCCAAGAUCAUUGAGUCGAACCUUUGACCAAACACCACCUGGUCAACUAAACCAGAGCACUGAGUGCCACAUCCAGUCAUUCCUUGAGCAUCUCCCUGGGCAGCUCCUUCCAGUGCCCAAUGAGUUCCCAAUCCAGUCAUUCCUUUCCUUCCUUUUCUUCCUUUCCUUCCUUUCCUUUUCUUUUCAAAUCCUUCUUGGCAAUGAUUUCCCACAUCCAGCCGUUCCUUGAGCACCUUCCUGGGCAGCCCCUUCCAGUGCCCAAUGAUUUCCCAAUCCAGUCAUUCCUUUCCUUCCUUUCCUUUCCUUCCUUUCCUUCCUUUCCUUCCUUUCCUUCCUUUCCUUUUCUUUUCAAAUCCUUCUUGGCAAUGAUUUCCCACAUCCCAUCAUUCCUUGAACACCUCCCUGGGCAGCCCCUUUUAGUGCUCAACCACCCUUUCUGUGAAAAAAUUCCCUAUUUCUGUCCAAAAACCUGCAAACCUCCUUCUCUCCAUUCACUCCCACCUCUGUGCAUCCUUCUCUAUACAAGUUACAUUUUUUUUCCUGCUAACCCACCUUCCAAAUCUUGCUGCCAGAGUCCUGGGAACAUUUCUGCUGUGCCAAACAAAAAAAAAAAAGUCAAAGCACUUUUGUUCAGGGAAUAAAAUCUGCACCGUCUUCUUGAUGAAUUGCUGCACCCAUCUCUGCAGGCGCUUAAGGGAUGGCAUUUGUAGCUGUCAGGAUGCUCCUCCUGGCACAGGGAGCUGCAGCCCUGCCCUUGCAGCCAACUCUGAGUGGGCUGAGCUUCACCCUGGCACAGAUCCCUCCUUCAUCGACACAAAAUUGUAUUUUAUUUUUGCAGAGAUGGCAGAAUUGGCCCAUGCAAUGCUCUCAGGACAACCUUGGGCAGUGCAGGUCAGCUGGUGGAGGUGUAAAAGCUGCUGCAGCUGUUUCCUUGUCUGUGCUUCCUGCUGAAAAUAAUCCAUGAUGGAGCCAAUGCAGGGUGUCUGCUCUUCCCAUUAAAACAGACCCUGGAGACAUCUUUUAUAUUUGUGUCUCACUUGGAUUGCCUGAGAGCUGCUGUGAAUGGCUUGCCAAGGCUAAACCAGAGUCACUUACAGUGAUUUAGACUUUUUAUUUUUUUUUUCCAAAGAGAAACUGGGUGUGUGAGGGAGAAGACAGGAGGAUUUUUCUCCUUUUAUAACAAGUCCUAGUGCAAAAUGUGCUCAAGUAAUCAUUCAGGCUGGGAGCUCUAUUUCUUAUUUUCACUCCCAGGCAAGGACUCAUGAAAUCUUUGGGAUGAUGAAAAGUUUCAGAGAUAAGGAGAGGGGUCUUUACAGCAGAUGCUGAAAAAUCCCUCAGGGCUCUGAGGAGGGAGAAGGGAGCUGAGAAAUCCUCCCUUAUGCAAUGGUCCUGUUUGAUUUUCCUGCAGGCACAGUUAGAGCUGAUAACACAGGUCAGUGUUAUCAGCAUGGAAUGCCUGUAAUGUUUUUUGGAAGGGUUUUUUCUAAAAAAGCAGUGAAAGUGGAGCUCUUCCCAAGGGGAGCUGAGGGGAUCCAACAUCCAGCAUGGUAAAAGCUUGGAAGAAAGGAAGGAAAACAGAUUUUAUUAUUUUGGAGUUAUUUAUUUUUAAAGUUUCUUUUCAUUGAAGAGAAGGGCCUUCCUUCCUUCCUUCCUUCCUUCCUUCCUUCCUUCCUUCCUUCCUUCCUUCCUUCCUUCCUUCCUUCCUUCCUUCCUUCCUUCCUUCCUUC